UUGACCCGCGGUGGACGCAACUAUCUUAGUUUUUUUAAUCGUUGCCAACAUGUUUAGUACAGUUUCGUACAAAAACAGUGACGCGCUCACUAAAGUUAGAAUAUGGAUGUAUAGUUUGGCGUAUUUACAUUUGUCUGUGGUCGGUAUUAUCAUGUUUAGUAUUGACUUUCGUAAGGCCGAGUCUCCUAAGGUGUGGAUCUAUCAGGAUAUAAGGUUCAAGUUGAUCACGUGUUGGUUUAAUUUACUGAGUCUUGUAUAUCUACCAAUGAGCGUCUACUGUGAAUUCCGUAAACUCCGUUCACAAGAAAAGUUACACCACGUCAGGAUUCUGAACCGGAUACGAUGUAUAUGUUUCACGAGCAUAUUACUGCCCACCACAACUUUUUCAGACGUACUAUUCUGGAUCCUCUGGAACAAGGAUAGGGAGCUAAUAGCACCAGUGGAAGUGGAUGAAAUGGCCGCCUUUUGGACUCAGCACAGCAUGCAUACAGUCUCCUUGGUAGUCGUGACGCUGGACCUGCUCCUCUGUCCCAGGAGGAGGCCGAAAGACCAUAAUCUUGGACUGACCAUCAUGUUUGUUUUUCUAGGAGCAUAUAUAUCUGUGAGCGUCCACGCGUUACUACAAGGACAAUACUUAUACCCGAUUUUGAAGCUUUUUAGUAGAUUCAAACUGUUUUUAUUAGUUCUAUAUGUGUUAUUGGGACAUUAUUUCAUUUACACAAUCCAAUGGUUUGUCAUUGAUAUUGUGUGGGGUGGCGACAAAUUACAAAAUAAUAAGAGAAACUAUAAUAUUUCGAGUUAUAUUUCAAGUUGUGAGUUGGCUGUAUAUAAAUAUAUGCCAAUUUUUAGGUUAACCAAAUCGGCGGCAUCUGUUGCAGAUUAGAAAUUAAACUUUAAUUAACUAUUAAUUAUUAAAAUAUUCUUGUAAUUAAUAUACGGAACCAAUUGUAAGUUAUAUUUAUUUAAAAAUAAAGUCUGAUUAAAUGAUAGAUAAGUUAUUAAACAUGAUUAAGUUUAGUUU